UGCCGAAUGAAUAGGGGAGGCUGAUAAACCCAUCACCUGCCGGUAGCUUCGUUGCAAAAGUCUGUACGUCUCCAAAGACUAAGGGAACAUGGUGAAUCAGGGGGAAGAUGUCUGCUGGCAGUCAAGUAAAAGCGAUUCAAGUGGUGCCAGUAAUAGCGGAGAGAGUUCCAAGGAAAGCUCCCGAUGUUCCACGCCCGUUCUGGAUGCAGACCGCAAAGACAGGCUCCGGGACAAGAUGAGGCGCAGGAUAGAGGCGGGAGACCACUGGUUCUCCCUAGAGUUUUUCCCCCCUCGCACAUCCAGUGGCGCAGUCAAUCUGAUCUCCAGGUUUGACCGUAUGGGUUCUGGAGGCCCCCUCUUCAUUGAUAUUACCUGGCAUCCAGCAGGAGACCCUGGCUCUGAUAAAGAGACAUCCUCCAUGAUGAUCGCCAGCACAGCAGUCAAUUACUGUGGUCUGGAGAGUGUUCUACACCUAACCUGCUGCCAACAAACCAAAGAGAAGAUCACUGCUCACCUCAGCAAGGCCAAGCGCCUUGGUCUGAAGAACAUCAUGGCCCUAAGGGGAGAUCCAGUGGGAGAAGACUGGGAAGAUGAGGAUGGCGGCUUCAACUAUGCCACAGACCUUGUCAAGCACAUACGCUGCGAGUUUGAUGAUUAUUUUGACAUCUGUGUAGCUGGAUAUCCUACAGGUCACCCUGAAGCUGAAAGCUAUGAGGAUGAUUUGAGGCAUCUGAAGGAGAAGGUGGAAGCAGGAGCAGACUUCAUCAUCACUCAGCUCUUCUUCAGAGCAGAAACUUUCCUUAAAUUCGUCAGAGACUGUCGUGCCAUUGGCAUCACCUGCCCCAUCCUGCCGGGAAUCUUCCCUAUCCAGGGGUACCAGUCUCUGCGUCAGCUUGUGAAGCUUUCCAAACUGGAGGUACCAGAGGAGAUCAAACAGGUGAUUGAGCCCAUUAAGGAAAAUGAUGCAGCUAUCCGUAACUACGGUAUCCAGCAGGCAGUGGAGAUGUGCAAGGAGCUGUUGACCAGUGGAGAUGUGCCGGGUCUGCAUUUCUACACCCUGAACAGAGAGGUGGCCACCAUGGAGGUGCUGCGACAGCUUGGACUGUGGGUAGAGGAUCCGCGACGACCUCUACCCUGGGCAAUCAGUGCUCAUCCGAAACGCAAAGUGGAGGAUGUCAGGCCCAUCUUCUGGGCCUCCCGACCCAAGAGCUACAUCUACAGAACUCAGGACUGGGACGAUUUCCCUAAUGGCCGAUGGGGUAACUCGGCCUCCCCGGCAUUUGGUGAGUUGAAUGAUUACUAUCUCUUCUAUCUGACGAGUAAAUGCUCCAAAGAAGCACUUCUGCAGAUGUGGGGAGAGGAGCUCACCAGUGAGCAGAGUGUAUUUGAGGUCUUCACCAACUACAUCACAGCGCAGCCUAAUAGCAAUGGACACAAGGUUAUGUGUCUACCAUGGAAUGACGACCCAUUGGCUCCAGAGACAAACUUACUGAAAGAUCAGCUGGAGAAAGUGAACCGUAGAGGUGUCCUCACUAUCAACUCUCAGCCCAACAUUAAUGGCAAGCCUUCCUCUGACCCAGUGGUGGGCUGGGGCCCUCCCGGUGGCUACGUCUUUCAGAAGGCGUAUCUGGAAUUUUUCACCUCGAGUGAGAAUGUAACUGCACUUCUCACAGUCCUGAAGAAAUAUGAGCCACGAGUCAACUAUCACAUCGUCAAUGUGCAGGGCAAGAAUAGAACCAACGCUCAUGAAAUGCAGCCCAAUGCUGUGACAUGGGGGAUCUUCCCAGGCAGAGAGAUUGUCCAACCAACAGUGGUGGAUCCAGUGAGCUUUAUGUACUGGAAGGAUGAAGCGUUUGCUCUGUGGAUUGAGCAGUGGGCGAAACUCUAUGAGGAGGAAUCUCCCUCAAGAAUGAUAAUUCAGUACAUCCAUGACAACUAUUUCCUUGUCAACCUGGUGGACAAUGACUUUCCCUUGGAUAACUGCCUAUGGCAAGUGAUAGAAGACAUGUUUGAGGUGCUAGAUGCUCCACCAGAGACCCUGGACCAAGGAAAUGAGUGAACAUUGUAAACACUCACACACACGCACACACACACACUCACACUCACACACAACCCAAUCUUUUGCUGCUAGUAAAGACUGGAUUACCAAGUAUGCAAACUCACACAGUGCCUCACUACAUGGUAUUACAAGGUAUAUUUUGGCAAUAAUUUCUUCCUUUUAGAUUUCAGGUGAAGAUUGCAUAGGGAUUUGAAUGAGAUAACAGUGAAGGGCAGAGGGAUGGGUGAGAGAGGACAGUGGACAGAGGGAUGGAUGAAAGGAAUGCAUUGUACUGUGUGUUCUUACCAUGGAUACGUGAUAUACCUUAAAUGAAUUUUUGUACAUUUUUAACAGUGCAUAUUUUCACUAUUUAUGUUCAGUAUUUCAUGUAUGAUUACUGUCAAAAACACAGCAUAUGACUUUUAAGGGUUUUUUUCCUAAUAUUGUUUUAUGUUUUGGCCAAACUUUUUAAGCAUCUUCAGAUGACUACAUUAGACAUAAUGGUCAGGUAAUGAACUGAUUUGUUAGUAUUGGUCUGAUCUGCUGAGCAAGACAAUGUAAAGACAUCAUCAUUGUGUUGUUGGUUUUUUUUUAAUUUUGUCUGAGACGGGCAGUGGCAUGGCUUUGGAAAGGGGUGUCCCCACACGUUUUUUAUGAUAGCCAAAACACAAUAAAAGCAUAUUCAGCUUUUAGAUAACUUGUUUUGUCUUUAUCUUAUCUCAGAACUAUUAGAUAUUUUAGGACAGGUUGUUGGAUGUUGUUUAUGUGCCCUGUUGGCAUCCUGAAUUUACCAUUUCAAAGUCCAGAUCAUGUUACCACAAGUGUUGGUUGUGUUUUAGAAUGAGGCCAUAUGCUGACGCUUUGAAAUUUCACUGGGUGACCCGAUUGGACCUUGCUUGCAUCAGCAGAUAUCACGCGGUGCUGGAAGGAGUCAUGUAAUUACACGUGUGGGAAUCCCCAGGCAGAGCCUUAUCUCAGUGUCUGAUGAAAUUCUCCCUCUAAAACUUGAAACUCUCUGGCAUGGAGUCAAGAUUCUCUGUGUGGACUUACUUGACUGUAUCAGUAUGUGUAACAGCUGCACUGGAAACCCCCACAACUUAGAACAAGGACCACCACCACUGAUUUCACCCUGAACUGUUUAAUGAAAUGAUAUUAUUUGACAAGCACAUAUAGAAUAUUGGAUGACUCAUAAUUAUAAAGUAGAUUAGGAAUUGUUUUAUUAGGGCUUUGAGUUGAAGUUUUGAAUUUCUCAGCAUUGAAGUGCAAUAUAUGGAACAGUUCACUGUGCCUAAAAGGAAGAUGAAACAUAUAAAUAAAUAAAAAAUAGAUGUAACUUACUGUCCUGUCAAAUUGCAGAGAAGACAGCAAAUUGUUUCUGUUUUCCUGCUCCACUCAUCAUAGUGUUCCUCAACCAGUGAAAAUGAAAUAAAAAAUUAUUUUGCUGUG